AGAUUAUAAAGUUUGUCAUCAUUGACACACAUGCAUUAGAAUGUUUAACUUUGAACAACACUAAGGUAUAGAGCAGAUAGAAAACAAGUCAACAAAGAUAUUUUACAGUGAUUCUAUAAACGACACUAAGUAACCUAGGAAAUGAAUAAGAAUAUGUUGGGUGGUGAGGCUUGUUUUAAUGAGCUGGAUCCUUCCAGUAAUCCAGUUCUAUUUUUGGAUGAUGAAGACUAUACACUAAAGUUACAGAGUGAUACUCUGCACAACGAAUCAUUAUUUGAGAUAUUAGACACGGCCAGUAAUAAUGCAGUAGGAGGAAUUGAAGCAACAGAUGUAAGCAGUUUGUUGGCUCAGUUUGAAGAAGCAGCUGAUACAGCAAAAGAUAUACAAAAACUGUUUGAUGUAAAGACAGAAACUCCAGCUCCAGAGAUUCCUGAUCCAGCCAGUAUAAAGUUGUCUGAUGAUGUCAUUAGAAAAAUCAGAGCUCUCAAGGAGAAGAAAAAGUCAACUAUCAUGUUACCUAUGGGCAUGCCAUCAAAACGUGGAAGAGGUAGUGCUAUUGCCAUGCAUUCAAGUUCUGCAUCACAGAAACUACAAAAAAUAAUGGCAUCUAAUCUAAAUGAGAAUUCAGUGAUUAAGUUAGACACAUACACCCCAAGAAAACCUUCAUUAUCAAAUGUGGAAAAAACUACUGAUGUUUGUGCUAAUUAUUAUACACCUAUACCUGAACAUGAUUACUGUCAGAAUGUACCAAAAUCUGUGAAGGAAACAAAUGUAUCAAUAGAUUAUAAUGAAGACGAUAUCCUUGACCUUCAAGAUACUGAAACUUGGAGUGAUAAGGAAAAUGAUGAGAAUGAUUCAGGUAUCAAUGAAUCUUAUGUUUCAAACUCUAGUGCUAAGAAACAACAAAAUAACAAGAGAAACUACAGGAAAAGAGAUCGUGAAGAAAGUCCGGAGAUUGAGUCAGGAAAUUAUUUUGAUAAAAUUCCAUCCUAUUACACUGCCUUGUCAAGAAAACACAAUCAAAAGAAAAGUAAAACAUCAGGUUCAGAUAAACCUCUGGGUAAUUCAUCCUUUGAGGAUUCUUUACAAUCUAACAACCCUACACCCCACAUGGAUUCUUCAGCUUACAGUAAACUACCGGCAUAUUACAGUUGUUUUACAAACAGUACAAAAUAUGAUGUGGAUAACUCUAAAGGCUUUGACAGUUCUCAGGAUAGUAGAAGUAGUGGUUAUUCUAGCAUACCAUCAUCAUAUAGGUCAAGGUCACCAUCUCCAUCCUAUGAAAGGUCACCAUCAAGAUCAAGAUCUCGUUACAACAGUGUUAGUCGUGGGAGGAGGAGAGCAAGAGUAGAUAGACGUUCUUCAUACUCCAGUGCUGAUUCCCGGUCUAGUUCAAGGUCAUCAUCAAAGUGUUCAAUGUGUUCAAGGACAAGGUCAGUUUCAAGGACAAGAUGUAUUUCAAGAGAUUCUUACUCAAGUGAUUCUUCUUACUCAAGGUCAAGAUCAAGGUCACCAAAUUACAGACGGACUAGUAGAAGCAGAUCACGUGAAAAGCGAAGACAAAGACGACAAAAGGAAAGAGAAGAAAGAAAACAACAACAAAUUGAAGAGAGGAGAAUUAUCUAUGUGGGAAAAGUUCCAAAUGAUUACACGAGAAAGAAACUUCACACCCGGUUCCAAAGAUUUGGAGAAAUAGAGGAAGUCAGUCUACAUUUCAGAGAACAUGGAGAUAACUAUGGAUUUGUGACUUUUCUCUACACAUGUGAUGCUUAUGCUGCCAUAGAAAAGGGAAAUACUAUACCUGGUGAAGAACGUUUUGAUCUUUGUUUUGGUGGCAGACGACAGUUUUGUGAAACAGAAUAUGCUGACCUAGAUGGGAAUGCAGAAAUGGAGGAAGAAUUCAAUCCAUACCCCACAUCAUCUGAUCCUUUUGAUUUUGAUGCCUUGUUAAAACAAGCCAAGAAUAAAAUGACCAACAAGAGAUAAUAUUGGACAAGCAAUAAUAAAACAAUCCUACAGUCUUUCAAAGUAGUGAAGAAGUCAUCUUAUCAUGAAUCUAUAAAACUGUCAAGUCACAAAUUUGCUCAAGGAAUUUUUUGUGUUUUGCUGAUUUUGUGACGAGAAAAGAUUGUGAAAAUAUGCCUUUAACUUCAAUGUGAUUUUUUACAAGCUCCUAAAUCCUAGAAAUCUUUGAAAAUGAUUUCAGCACAAAAAUAAGACAGUAGUCAACGUAAACAUACUAUCUAGUCGUCCGUAACACACAUGGAAUAUUUGCCACUGGACAAAGCAAACAUCUAUCAAUUUUUACAGUAGUUGUAAGACAGACAUCAUUCCCUUUGGCUUUGUUAUUUAGGAUACAUUUACAUAUGACGUAUCAUCAACUCCUUUGGUUGUUUUCAUAAUGUGGUUGAACAUUUGUUUUUUUGUGGUGAUUUGGAAAUGAAUGAAUUGUAAUAAUCUGUAUAAAUGUUUAAAUAGUCAUAGAAAAAUUUAUAUGGGGGCAUUUGUUGACAAUUUUGCAUUUAUUUUUAGGGUUGUCAUGGUUAUUGUGUUAUAUUAAUUGUGAAACUUGCUUUGAUGAGUAAGGAGUAUAUUUCAUAAUAGUUAUUAUACGAAAUUCUAAUAUUAAAAAAGUUGUAGAUGAAUGAUACUUUUUUCAAAUAUAUGGUCAAAUAAGACCUCAUAUGAUGGUGAAAUAAGAUUAAUAUUUGUAUUAAAUUGAUAUUAAUUAAACAUUAAGGGAAAAACUUUAUUAUCAAAAAUUAUGAUAGUUAUAAAGAAAUAUAUUUUAGUUAAACAUUAUUAAGUUGAAAGAUGAUUGCUGUUUUACAGAAACCAUUAUUAAAAACCUUCAGAUAAUAUUUGGUUUGAAAAUCUUUAGUGCUACAUUUUGUCUUUAAUUUUUUUUACCAAUUACCAUUUACUGUGCAUCCAAAUUUAAAUUAGGUUUCUCUAAUUAAGAGGCUAGUUAAUCGACAUUAAUUAAUUUAAUCUCGCAAUUGAGUGGACUAUGUUUAUAUGGGUAACAUAUGUUAAAAGUCGGAGGUUGAAACAUGUUAAAUUGGAGGUUAUAUGUCUCAAAGUGAAAAGAAAAGAAUUUCAGAGUCUGUAUUGUUAAUGAGGAUUUGGUUAAUUGUACAAAAUUUUAUCAAUUUUUUUCUUCUAUCGACAGAGUAUUUUUUAUGGAAGGAAUAUCCCUCAAACUUACCAAGUUUAUAGUGCUAGCUGUUUCAUUUAUAUUUACAUAGAUUUUAUAGGAUUGCAACCUAUCUUGUACAUGCAGAAUAGCCAAAACCUAUGUUUGUUGUAUUUGGGAAAAUAAUUUUGUUUUAUAUGCUGUGGGAUUUUUUUUAUAGCUAUAUACCUUGAACAUAAAUUUGAUUUAUACAUAAUGAAACAGAUGAUUCAUAAUGAUUCUAACAUUUUGAUAGGGAGAUAGCAAUGACGAUAUGUGGGAUUUUUUUUUUAUAAAUAGCAACAUCCAUGACCCUAUUCCAUAACCCUUCAUUUACAGUGCUUAUGUAUUUUGGGGAAAAGCAACAGUAGGUAUAAGGAAUAACAAGAUUUUGAAUUAAAUUGAAAGAAAUGUCUAGUGAGACCAUUGGUAUGUUUUUUUAUUCAUUAACCUACAUUGGAAUAUUUUGUAUUCAUAAGCCUACCUUGGACUAUUUUGUAGUAUAAAACAUUUUAUAUAUUUAGGAUUAUUUUCUUCAUAUGUUUUUAUCUUUUCUGACAGUUAUCAUACUAUCACAUGACUUGUAGAAAACAUAUAAAACAUUGGCAUGCCUACACAGUGGUUAAUAUAAUAGUCUAAUAAUGAAGCCUUGAAUUUAAUGCCUAUAUAAUUGUGUUGUAUCUGUAACCUGGUUCACAAUAGGCUGUAAUCAGACUCGUGGUAUACUUGUGUAAAUCUGUUGGGGGAACCCUGCGUACAUGUGUAUUUAUAGAGGAACAAAACUAUUAAUAGUAACAACUGAGUACAUGAUAUAACUGUAUUUAUAGAGGAAUAUUUGUAGGUAUGAUUGACUCAUUUAAGUUGAUUUGUACAUCUUGAUAUAUUUCUAUGUAACAUUUUUUGUAAAACCAUUUUGACUCUUAUUGUUUUGAUCCUGUGAUCGUUUGGUUUAUUAAGACAUUUGAAUGAACUGUUAUGAAUGAAGUGACUGAUAUGAUUGUUUUAUAUGAAAUGUCUCAAAUAAAAUUUCAAAAUUUAUCAACAA